CGUGGACAUUCUCAGGCUGACUCUCCAGAGUGAACUGACAGGAGAGGAACUCGAACACAUAGCCCAGAAGGUACUGAGGUUUCUGGUGGGGCAAAGCCUCCUUUCCUCAGCCAACUGUCCUUCCUUGCCAUGACCCUGCACCCUGGAGCUGCUUGGAGCCACCUCUGCUGCUGCGAGCUUGGGAGCAUCUGUUUGCAAACACGAGCAGCUGACCUAACGCGACUUUGUGGGAUGAGGAGACUACUGCCAAGUGAAGACUAACCUGCCAUUUCUACUAAUUUCCCCCAUCUGGUGUUCUUGCUGCUGUGUGGCUGCUAGAGGUUCUGAAGCGGGCAAGAAGACCUAUGCUAUGGUGUCUGGCUUCUCCACCAGCCACUCUCUGGCCUCAGAGCUGGUAGAGUCCAACGAUGGACAUGAAGAGAUCAUCAAGGUGUACUUGAAGGGGAGGUCUGGAGACAAGAUGAUCCAUGAGAAGAAUAUCAACCAGCUGAAGAGUGAGGUCCAGUACAUCCAGGAGGCCAGGACCUGCCUCCAGAAGCUCCGGGAGGAUAUAAGUAGCAAGCUUGACAGGGAUCUAGGAGAUUCUCUCCACCGGCAGGAAAUACAGGUGGUUCUGGAAAAGCCCAAUGGUUUUAAUCAGAGCCCCCCAACACUGUACAGCAGCCCACCUGAGGUGGACACCUACAUGAGUGAAGAUGUGGAGAGCUUGAAGAAGACAGUGCAGGACUUGCUUGCCAAGCUGCAGGAGACAGAGCGGCAGCACCAGGCAGACUGUGUGGCUUUUGAGGUCACACUCAGCCGGUACCAGAGAGAAGCAGAAGAGAGUAAUGUGGCCCUUCGGAGAGAGGAGGACCGAGUGGAGCAAAAAGAGGCAGAAGUGGGAGAGUUGCAGAGGCGCCUGCUGGGAAUGGAGACGGAGCAGCAGGACUUACUGGCCAAAGUCAGGAGAGGGGAGAUGGCCUUAGAGGAACUUCGGAGCAAGAAUGCUGACUGCCAAGCAGAACAAGAAAAGGCUGCUACCCUGGAAAAGGAGGUGGCUGGGCUGCGGGAGAAGAUCCACCACUUGGAUGAUAUGCUGAAGAGCCAGCAGCGGAAAGUCAGACAGAUGAUAGAGCAGCUCCAGAAUUCGAAAGCUGUGAUCCAGUCAAAGGACGCCACCAUCCAGGAGCUCAAAGAGAAAGUGGCCUACCUGGAGGCAGAGAAUUUAGAGAUGCACGACCGGAUGGAACACCUGAUAGAAAAACAAAUCAGUCAUGGCAACUUCAGCACCCAGACCCGCGCCAAGACAGAGAACCUGGGCAGUGUUAGGAUAUCCAAGCCCCCCAGCCCCAAGCCCAUGCCUCUCAUCCGAGUGGUGGAAACAUGAGCGCGAGGAGAUGGACCUUGCUGUGGCUGCUGCCUCUCGCCUGCGAAGAAGCCCGCCGCCCCUGUAGGCUGUUAGCACUGACUUGGCUUCCCGGCUGCACCCGGGCCUGGGCUCAGGUGCCUUGCCGUUCCCAGGUGUCUAGCCUCUGUGAGCUGGGUGGACAGAGCACUAGCACCUCUUCUGGACACUGCAGCCCUUUGGAAGAACUUAUCCAGCCAGCAGGAGCCAGGGCAGUAUCUUUAUUCCUAUAAUUACUCUUUUUCUCUGUAGCAGAGUCUCCCUUCUCUUGCAGACUGGACUCCAGCUGCCCCAGAAGGUCAGGAGAGGUGAAAAGACUUGCCUCAGCCCUAGAAGCUGGAGGCACCAAAGUUCAGAGUGGCUGGAGAGUGUCCUGGGGGAAUGAAGCUCCUUCUGCAAACACAGCUCAGUUCUUAGCAACAAACUGUUUUCCUACUCACUCCACCCUCUGCCCCUGCUGACCUGGGCCUCCCACGGACAGCCAGCCAGGCUGCCUGGUCAGAGUCAGUGAACCUCACCUUUGACUGGCCAGCCUUGUCUUCCUGAGGAGAAAAGAAUGUACAUUCAGGGAGUAGCUUGUAGUAGAAAGAUUAGGGCCACAGACAGUUAGGUGUAUCUCUCUCUGCUGUGAAAACUCCCAGUAUCUCUUCAGGUUUUCCCCUAAUGUGCACAAGGCACGCCUCACUCUUCUUGAUCCAGAGCCUAAAAACUGUUGCUCUGGAUCCCAUCAGUUCCACUCAAACCUUCGUAUUUAUUUUGCUAAGUUAUUGGUGGGUUUGCUUGCAUCUCAUAAUUGAUGUAAUACCAAAGUUCCACAGCUUUCUUGCAGUGAUUGGGUUUGCUCAAGACUGGGAACAGUGUCCCCACUGGACUUGAUUUCAGAAUGACAUCGUUUGGAAUCUUUCUCCCUUUGCUCUACCUGCUUCUUUUCCCUCCUCUCCCAGCUGUACCUCUGGAAGACAAGUGCACCUUUCCUGAGGCAGUGGUGUCGGGGGAAGACAGCCAUCGGGACUCUUGGGGAUGAGGAUGAGGUCUUGCCUGACCUUUGGAACCCCUCUCCUCCCAAACUGGCUUUCCCCCAGCUGUGACGGACCCUGCAGCUCAUCCUGUUUUCUAUCGGGCCUUCCUGCAGCCUCAAGUACAUAAGCAUUGGAGUGCAGUGCUGUGGGAGACAGAACAAUUAACAGUGAACGAGUUAGGUCUUUAGGCUCCACUGGCUCACAGCCAGAAGCCUCAUGUCUGUGUGUUUCUGUGCAUCAGGACAGGGCUUGUGUCUGGCUUUGUCCGUGGUGUCCAGGGACUAAAGGCACUCCCUCAUUCAGGAAAUGAGGGCAGGUUGGACCAGAUGAUCUCCGUGUCCCCUCCAGUUGUGACAUGUUUUUUCUGUGUCAUGUUCUUUGUAUGGUGAACUUAAUAAAUUAUGUUAAUGUGUCUUGUUGA